CAAAGAAAAUAUGAUGGGAAGUAUGACAUUUUCUGCAAGACCAUUGAAUUAUGGUUCUCACAUUAUGAGAUGUAGUAUUAACACCCAAGAACAAUUUGUUUUACCACAUUAUUACAUAGCGCGCUGUCAUAUCGUGCUAUUUAUACCAUGUCACACUGAAGCACUUCCAAGAACUGUUCGAACUUCGAAGAGUUAGCAUUCUAGAAACUGGCUCUGAACACAUGCUCCUUAUCCAGGACCUCAGCGCUGCUUUGAUGUGGGUGGGUACAUCCUUCUGAUUGGUAAGGUUUCGCUAGUUUGCAGCACGUGAGAAAUCUCCUCCCUCCAGUAUUCCAACAUGUGUAGCGCACAGACACGCAGAGCAACAGCAGAUCGUGUAAGAGCACAUUUGAAGAGAGGCCUCAGCUUAUUUCAACCGUUAGCAGAAAAUAUGUCAACCAGCUGCGAAGCUUCGUCGACCUGCCCGAUACCAAGCCGCUGUAUCCUUGAAAAGACCUGGUCGCAUCUCCCAGACUGCUACAGUCAGACUCCAGGAGGAACAGUGUUUUCAACAACUCCCGGUGGGACGCGGAUCAUCUAUGAUCGAAAGUUUCUCUUGGAAUGUCGAAAUUCGCCUAUUGCACGCACCCCACCCUGCUGCCUCCCCCACAUUCCAGGGGUCACCAUACCUUCAGUGCAACCCCAGAGUAAGCCAACAGAGCAGGACUAUGACAGCAAGGAUCUCUCUGUUGAUGAUAGCCUGUUUAUGAUGGAUAUGUGAUUGAUGUCUCCAGCUCCUGUGGAAAAAUGGACCGUUUCAGCCUUUUCUACGAGUGCUCAUAAUCUGGGGAAAGAAAACACCAGCUGUGGAUUCUUUUGUUAUUACUUCCAUGAUUUUUAUUUUUUAUUUUUACCUUGAGUAAUGAAAUGCUCAGAGCAGGUAGCUCUGUUGUGGGAAGGAUUUUGAGUUUGGUGGAAGUUAAGGUGAAAACUUUGCAAGUAGUAGCCUCUGCUGGUUUGAGGUUUAAUUUCAGCAGCUGCAAUUCAGUACUUUCUCGUCUUACAACCAUUAUGAAGGUUACUGUAUGUUGUCUACAUUUUAAUUUGUGGAUAGUUGAAAUGCAGCUCUGUUUUUGUAAUGGGACUUAACAGACUAAAAGAGUCUGGACCCUAUGAGGCACGUUUAAAGUCAUAAGCCAGAAAUCAACAGUUGUACUGUUUGCUGUUUAUACUCUGGAUGUUAUAUGACCAUUUGUAAUAAAACUAGAACAAAAAGAAAAUGUUACUCUUGC